AUGAGAAUUGAUAUUCAUAGCCACAUUCUACCUAAGGAAUGGCCUGACCUAAAAAAGAGAUACGGAUAUGGUGGAUGGGUACAGCUGGAUCAUCACUGCAAGGGACAGGCAAAGAUGAUGAAGGAUGGAAAGGUUUUUAGAGUUAUUCAAGAGAACUGCUGGGAUCCAGAAGUACGGAUUAAAGAGAUGGACCUAUCAGGAGUCACAGUCCAAGUCCUUUCCACAGUCCCUGUAAUGUUCAGCUACUGGGCCAAACCUCAGGAUACUUUAGAUCUAGCCCAGAUAUUAAAUAAUGACUUAGCUGCUACAGUAAAAAAGUACCCCAAGAGGUUUAUUGGCUUGGGUACAUUACCUCUGCAAGCUCCAGACCUGGCUGUGAAGGAAAUGCAUCGCUGCGUGAAUGAACUUGGAUUUCCUGGAGUACAAAUAGGAUCUCAUGUCAAUGAAUGGGACCUGAAUGCACCAGAACUGUACGAUAUUUAUGCUGCUGCUGAACAAUUAAAUUGCUGUCUCUUUGUGCAUCCCUGGGACAUGCAGACAGAUGGAAGGAUGUCCAAAUAUUGGUUUCCCUGGCUAAUAGGCAUGCCAGCAGAAACAACCAUAGCCAUUUGCUCCAUGAUUAUGGGAGGAAUUUUUGAAAAAUUUCCUAAGCUGAAAGUUUGCUUUGCACACGGAGGUGGAGCUUUUCCAUACACAGUGGGGCGAAUCUCCCAUGGAUUCAACAUGCGCCCUGAUUUGUGUGCAGUGGAUAAUAAGGUGGAUCCAAGAAAAUACCUUGGUUCAUUUUACACAGACUCUCUUGUCCAUGAUCAUGGUGCACUAAGGCUGCUAACAAGUGUAAUAGGAGAGGACAAAGUUAUUUUGGGGACAGAUUACCCUUUUCCACUUGGGGAACUGGAACCUGGAAAAUUGAUUGAUUCAAUGGAAGAUUUUGACAAUAAACUGAAGGAUAAACUCAAGGCUGGAAAUGCUCUGGAAUUUUUGGGUCUUAGCAGAAAACAAUUUGAAUAAUUAUGAAGAUAUUAAAAAGACCAAACUUCAGAAAUAACACUGAACCCUUAGGGAUACUUCUAUUUGCAUGUUUAAUUAUACAGAUGAAAAAUAAA